CGCUUUCUCCUCUGUGCGUGUAUUGUGGGAGUGCGCGCGCUCGCGCUCUCACAGAGCCACACACGCUACAGAUACGGUGCCUCUCUCAAGAGGCAGGGAGCGCUCUACGCGCGCGCGUGCGCCCUGCUGCUGCUGCUGCUGCUGCUGCCGCCGGCGGUAGUGGCGGUGGCGGUUUCGCGGGCUCCUGGCUGGAGACUUCCAGAGCGUUAGAUGGGGCUGAGGCAGAGCGGCGCCCACUGAGGAGUAGGAGGCGGAGGGUGUGCGCGCGCGCGAGCGAGACGAGGCCAAGGCAGCCGACCGACCAACGUUCCAACCAACCAACGGCCGCCUCGCCGGGAAUGGCUGUGUGGAAGAAAAAAUGAUGUCUCACGUAUUAGCCUAAAAUCCUGAUGAAGACGUGUCUAAGCAGCAGCAAUGCAGCAAGUUUUGGACAACCUUACGGACUUGCCUCCAUCAGCAGGAGCUGAAGAAAUAGACCUUAUUUUCUUGAAAGGAAUUAUGGAGAAUCCUAUUGUAAGAUCACUUGCUAAGGCUCAUGAACGACUGGAAGAUUCUAAGCUUGAGGCUGUCAGGGACAACAAUCUGGAAUUGGUAAAUGAGAUUCUUGAAGACAUCAGUCCAUUAAUAAAUAAAGAUGAAAACAUUGCAGAGUUGGUUGGUAUACUGAAGGAGCCACACUUUCUGUCACUCUUGGAAGCCCAUGAUAUUGUGGCAUCAAAGUGUUAUGAAUCUCCUCCCUCUAGCCCAGAAAUCAAUAAUUCUUCAGUGAACAAUCAGAUAGUGCCCGUGGAUGCCAUCCGUAUACUUGGCAUUCACAAAAGAGCAGGGGAGCCGCUGGGUGUGACAUUUAGGGUGGAGAAUAACGAUCUGGUAAUUGCAAGAAUCCUUCAUGGAGGAAUGAUAGAUCGACAAGGUCUUCUACAUGUGGGUGAUAUUAUUAAAGAGGUUAAUGGUCAUGAAGUUGGAAACAAUCCAAAAGAGUUGCAAGAACUUCUGAAAAGUAUUAGUGGAAGUGUCACUCUGAAGAUCCUUCCUAGCUACAGAGAUAAUAUUAUUCCCCAACAGGUAUUUGUUAAGUGUCACUUCGAUUAUAAUCCAUAUAACGACAACCUGAUUCCAUGCAAAGAAGCAGGGCUCAAGUUUUCUAAAGGAGAAAUUCUUCAAAUUGUGAAUCGUGAAGACCCAAACUGGUGGCAGGCUAGCCAUGUCAAAGAAGGAGGAAGUGCAGGACUUAUUCCUAGCCAGUUCUUGGAAGAAAAGAGGAAAGCAUUUGUUCGACGGGAUUGGGACAAUUCAGGUCCUUUUUGUGGAACAAUAAGUAGUAAAAAGAAGAAAAAGAUGAUGUAUCUCACAACUAGGAAUGCAGAAUUUGACCGCCAUGAAAUUCAGAUAUAUGAGGAAGUAGCCAAAAUGCCUCCAUUUCAAAGAAAGACAUUGGUGUUAAUAGGAGCCCAGGGAGUGGGCCGAAGAAGUUUGAAAAACAGGUUUAUUGUACUAAAUCCCACAAAGUUUGGAACCACAGUGCCAUUUACAUCACGAAAGCCAAGGGAUGAUGAAAAAGAUGCUCAAGCCUACAGGUUUGUGUCCCGAGUUGAAAUGGAGGCUGAUGUUAAAGCUGGAAGAUACUUGGAACAUGGAGAAUAUGAAGGAAACCUUUAUGGCACCAAAAUAGAUUCUAUCCUUGAAGUGGUUCAGACUGGAAGGACGUGCAUCUUGGAUGUAAAUCCACAGGCACUUAAAAUAUUGCGGACUUCAGAGUUUAUGCCCUACGUAGUGUUCAUUGCUGCUCCAGAACUUGAGACAUUGCGUGCCAUGCACAAAGCCGUGGUAGAUGCAGGGAUUACAACCAAACUUCUUACAGACACUGAUUUGAAGAAAACAGUUGAUGAGAGUGCACGGAUUCAGAGAGCUUACAGCCACUAUUUUGAUCUGAUCAUUGUGAAUGACAAUCUAGACAAAGCCUUUGAAAAAUUGCAAACCGCUACAGAGAAGCUGAGGACGGAACCACAGUGGGUUCCAAUUAGCUGGGUAUACUGACAGUUCUUUUUGAAGACUGGUGUAAGCACCAAACUAGGCUUUCUGCACAUCAUAAACAUUAUACCGAUAACACAUUGUACAGAGGUGCCAGUCACUAACAGCACCUGAUGCAUUUGUAUUCUGUGUAUAUUUAGAUAAUGGUAUGCUAUUCCAAGUUUUUAUACAAUAUAUUGAAGGGAAAGUGUACUUAAUAUGUAAUUUAUUUUAAUUUUUCUAACUUUUUACAAAUCUUUCUAUUCAUACCACAUGAAGGAAAUGCGUUGAAGCAUUUUUAUAAAUGUUUUGAUUUACUACUUUGCCUUUUACUCAUCUAAGGAACAUUCACUUCUACAUCUGGUCUUACAUUUUCACUGUGAUAAGGAGAAAAAUACUUGAAAAAUGUUGUUGUUUUUUGUAAAACUCUGUUUAAAUCAAGUGUUUUAUCUGGCUGGUUUUUUCUUAUUUAGAAGAAGACACUAAUCCUUAUCCUAAUAAACAUGUAUCUCUCCUUGAUGUGAUCAGAAUUUUCAAUACUUAAGCAACCAGCACUGAGCCAUGUUACUGACACCUUUUUGCUUAAUGUUCAUAGACAUGUUUUGCAGUUGUCUUGUCUUAGGCAGAUGUACUGUAGACUUCCCUGUAUAUCUUUUUACUGACAGUAAAAGCAAUACCUUGAACUUUCCCUAGGAGGCUGCUCUGGUGAGCCAACAUUUCUACCCAUUAGAAACAAGUAUUACUGUCUGAGUUAUGUAAUGUGAUUCAUUGUGUUUGGGAUCAUGGUGAAAUAGCCUAAGAGAGCCUUACAACACAGAACCUUGCAGUGAGGCUCAGCAUGUAGGAUGUUUGUUCUCACUUGUGAAAAACCAUUGCUUUAAAAUAACAGAACCUGCUCCUUUACAAUGACUUUGCUCUGUAUUUCUAUAUUGUUCUGUGACGCGCUUUUAUUUUACGCCAGAAUAUUAUGAGUGAUUAUGUGUGUUAUGAAAUAUGACGUGAUGGGACUUCUGAGCUACAUGUUACCUUGUGUUAUUCACCAAAUAGCUUGUGAACCUAAAAUUAUUGUCAGUUCCUAAAAAUCAAUGUUAUUUAUAAGUGGGUUUAUUUAUGUUUUACAAUCAUGUUUCUUUUUCUUCCAGUGUUCAUAGUAACUCUUCUCUUUUGGCAAAAUUAAUUCAUCUACUAACUUAGGUUCAUAUUCACUUAAAUACUUUUGCUGAUGUAUAUUCUGUUUAAUGAAUAUAAAUGCAGAUUGUCACUUAGACAGACUAGUCUGGUGACCAUAGUUUAUAUUAUGCUUGCUGUUGUAAAUACGCCCAUUCAUCACUAACAUGCUAGGUGCCUGAAUUGGUUGUCAUCUGCCAUUUCAUUUAUUUUUUCCAUGUGAAGGCAGGCACUUGGCUUCAGAUUUUAUUUUCAACACCAAAGUUCCAUACAUAGGAUGCCAACAAAGGAGAAGCUUGGAAAAGGCUGAGACAGUGCAAACAAGUUCUUAAAAUGUUUUAUAAUUUUUUUUGAUUGUGCACAAGAAAACAGGGUUUGGAUAGUUUUUACCUUAUACAGAGACACGAUGAGACACCAAAAAGGUAUUAUAUAUUUAAAACCUUUAAGGUAUUUUUUUAAAUACUUCAGUAUAUUUUGUAAAUGUUAUGCAGAUUAUUGCAUACCUUUGUCUUAAUUGCUGUUGCUACUUAAGAUUUUAGCUUUUAACAAUAUAACAUAUUUUUUAAGAACUUCUAUUACGUUAAAUCUCUAGGCUACGUAUUUGAAAAAUGUAUUCAGCUGAGACUGUGGAAAGAUUAUAUUCCUGUGUGGUACCCAGAAUGACACUUUAAAAGUGUAUGUCCGCAGUUUUGAUGCUGUUGUAGGAUUAAAGGAUGAGGCACAAUGUGAUGAUUACUUUUGGUGGACAAAGCUGUGUUUAAAUGGCGCCUUGCAAGAGGUCAGUGAAUCCUAACCUCAGAUGUUAACUCCCGCUCCUUUGUUUUCCAGUGCUUCAGUAGGUUUGGUGCAUCAUCUUUGGACCAGCUUGAGCAAAGAUAGCCCAGGCUUUGGGGCUCUUCUUGCUCAGAUUCCAAACGUGAACUAUUUUUGAGAGAGAGAAUCCUAAGACUGAAUAGCCACAUAAUCUGCUCCCUAUCCUCUUAGCGUUCUGUUCUGCUUUUAGCACAGUGGAUGGGUAUGGCUCACUUCGGUUGGAAAGCAGGAAGAGCUACUAGCAAAUAGGUCAGAGUUUCAUGAAAAAUUAACAGGAAUUAGAUGUUGGUUAUAAGUCCCACAAGCUCUGAAAAUGGAUAGUGCUGCCCAGGGGCAGUAGACGAAAAGAAAAGUGAUAGGAAACACUAAUGUUUGUCUUAACUGCUGCCCCUAAAGUCAGGCACAUUGAGAGAGAGCUAGUGAGCUCUCUGGACAUGCAGUUUUUAUACUGCUACUGUGAAGAUUUUGGAAGAACUGGUUAAACUGUGUCAUUAGGAGCAGCAAUAGCCAAGCCAUGGGUUGAUCCUUUUGAGUCCAACCAUGGUCUGGUGUGUGUUUGAAACAUGUGUCAUUGCCAUUCUCCAGCAGGAAACAGAUCUAGGAACAACUGUGUUUAACAUGAAAUCAUGCCUUUUUACAUGAUGGCAGAAUAAACUGACUUUUUGAACUGUGAUGCCAAAGGAGGGUUGAGCUAGCUCCUCCCUAAUUAAUAUUCAAAAAGUGAUUUUACUUUCCACACCACAGUGCCACUAAAUCAACUUUUGCUGUACUUGUACUUUAAAAUGCUGAGCUUGCAGCAUUUUCAAAUGUUGAGCCCUUGUAUUGUUAUCAUACGUUUGGAGGGGAGAGGCAGAUAAUAGCAGCCAAAAUCCCAGUCCUUCUGCUGAGGACAGUGCCAUGGCGAUGUGCUCAGUAUUGUACUGUUGUUGUAUCAAAACUUUUUUAAAGAGAGGGGCCACAGCUCAUUGGCUGAGAAUCUGCUUUGCAUGCAAAUGUACCAGGUUCAGUCCCUGGCACCUCCAGGUAGUCCUGGAAAGACUUUUGUCUGAACUCUCAGAGAACUGUUGCCAGUGUAGCUACUGUCCGAGGCAGAUGACCAUUUGCCUCUGCAGUUUCCAGUGCAUAAUGAUCCCAAACAAUACUGGAAAGAGCACUUGCUACAUUAUGUGCUUUUAGGGGCUCAAGCUGGGUUUUUAAAAAAUUGCUUCCCUCCCUUCUAAAGUGAGAAGAAUGCGGGCAACUUCACAUGUAUUUUCCAUUACCUGAGAGUAAGCACCAGUGAACUCAAAUACAUACAUACAUGCAUACAUACAUACAUACAUGGUUGUGCUCUACAUUCUAAUUACCCAAUGAAGCCACUUGUCACUUCUGCCAAAACACAAUUGCUUGCCGCUUUUUGUUUCAUUUACUGAACUGCACAUGAUCAGCUGUGUGCCACCUAUAGGUAAAGGGACCCCUGACCAUUAGGUCCAGUUGUGGCCGACUCUGGGGUUGCGGUGCUCAUCUCGCUUUAUUGGCCGAGGAAGCCGGUGUACAGCUUCCAGGUCAUGCGGCCAGCAUGACUAAGCCACUUCUGGCGAACCAGAGCAGCACACGGAAAUGCCGUUUACCUUCCUGCCGGAGCGGUACCUAUUUAUCUAUUUGCACUUUGAUGUGCUUUCGAACUGCUCGGUUGGCAGGAGCAGGGACCGAGCAACGGGAGCUCACCCCGUCGUGGGGAUUCGAACCGCCAACCUUCUAAUCGGCAAGCUCUAGGCUCUGUGGUUUAACCCACAGCGCCAACCCACAGCGCCACAAUAAAAAUAGCAUUGGUUUAUCCGACUGCCUCUAUUGGACAUAGUCUAAAGUCACACAGAUCAGCAGGAAUUAGAAAGAUGGGUAGAAAUGUCCUACAGUAGUAGGUAAGUCUGGUAGAAAACAAAUGGAACACCUUUAGAAGUGCAUUGGUCAUUUUACUACCCACCUUCAAAGAAAUAUGUGCUCAGAGUCUCUUGAGAGAGCUUUUUAUUGAGGGAUAAAAAUCUGGCAAUCUUCUAAAAGUGAACUGUAGAUCUUAAGCCAACUUAUAUGGUUGUAUUUUUUUUUAAAGAAAAUGUUUUAUUUUGAAUUCCUUGGGUACUAUGCAGUUCAUUGCGCGAUACAGAGUUUAAUACUUGUACAUAAGCUUAGAAUGAGAAUAUUGGAAUUCUGCUUGCAGUUUUUUCACUUGAAAAAUUCACACCAAAAUGUUGAGGAUUGCAGACAAUAUGGAUGAGGCUGAUUCAGAUCUACUCAAAGUUAAGUUUAGCUUAUAUACGGUUUUUUGUAUGUAUCCGGUUACUUGAUCUUUUGAACAACAGAGCUGCUAUAGUGUUAAAAUAUUCUCAAGUAAUUUGUAAAUAUAUUGCCUGGGCUGUUUCCAUAUUAUACUGUAACAUAAGGAGUAGAAGGUAUCUAGUGACAGACUAUAAGUCUGCAAUGUAAAACUACAAGGGUGGAGGUAGAGCCAGGGCAGGGCAGAAGGCAUGGGAAAUUGAGUCUAGGGGUUUUUGGUGAGCAAGUGUUUCCCUUUCUGCUUCACAUCAUGCAGUGAUGCCUUAGAGAUACAUGUAUCUCUUUGUCUUCAAUGCAGAACCUGGAAACUUACUGGAUGUGUAUGCCAAAAACACAAAUCCCUUUGCUUAAGUAUAAGGCCCUGUUUGUCUUGUGCUAACAACUUUGCUACAGUUGUAAUGAACUCUCUUUUUAGAAAAUCUAUGAAUAAACUGAAGCCAUUUAACCUUGGAGAAAACUACAGGAAGGUUGCUAGAUCUUGCUUUAGGGGUCACAGAUUUCCAAGCAUGAGUUUUUCCUGGGAAAUUUUUUUUUAGAAAAGAAAACCCAGCAACUUAAGGCUUCAUAAAAUAAAAAAAAUCAAGUCUGAGUGAAAUGUAUGGGCUAGAAAUCUCAAAAGGAAGAUGCAGUGGUAUAUCCAGGGUUUCAGUGCUUUGUUUUUAUACUGUCUACAGAUGCAGAAGAAACUACAUGUCGGCUUGGGUACUUUAUUUUAUAUAGGCUGUAGAAUCUUUGGGAGGGUAGUGGCAGCUGCUUUCAAGAACUCCAGUGGAGUCUUGUGAGCAAGGGAGAAAGAUGAUCUUGUUCUUCAAAUGGCACAGAUGUGCACAAAAUUGGGUAUCAACUAGGAAGUCCAUAUUGGUUUUCACCCUGGGAAUGAUGAUACUAGACACAAACAAAAAAGGCAAGCAAAAUUCGUUGUUGUAAUGAAAUAGUAUGAAACUUGCCGAUUUGGGAUCUUGAGUAUUUUUUUAUAACCUCGGAGCAAGGUACAGCGUUCCAUAAGCCGUAAGGAAGUUGUGUGGUCUAGCUGGGAGAAGUUAAUCACAGUUUUGGUAUCACUGAUCCAAAUUUUAAAUAUUUUCCCAAAUUUAAAUCAGAAGCUUUUGUCUUGGCUGUAAACUACUUUGGCUUACAUUUUAAAUUACAGUUCAGUGUUUUGACUAUAGCUGCUAAAGAGGAACUUUGUCAUUAUAAAAACUAAGUAAAUAGCAGCUAUGAAGAGGAUAAAACAGUUGGCCACAAUCUAGUUAUACCGGUAAGUGCUUUUUUUGUAUUUAAAAGAUCUAUAAAAAAGUACUGAAGGGCUUUGCCUCCUAUGGGUUUAUUUUGUAGAAUGCUAUAGUGCAGCUUCUAUAGUAGACAAAUACUUUAUUGCAGCUAGGAGAGUAAUCUCCCCUUAAUUUUCCCUACUGAAUAGGCAUAGGUUGGAUCUGUUGUUUUGGCAUGACUGUGGCAGAGAACUUUGAUCAGUCUUCCAUGAAUUAAUUUUAACCUGCUUGUUUCAGUUUAAAGACAAGAGAAAUGUGUCAUUGAGGCUGUCCUAAAAUAGCCAUUCUUACAUGCUACUAGAAAAUUGGUAAGCUUUAUCAAAUGGGUAGUGCACUGAUGAGGAAAAACAAACCUUUGUACAGGCAUCAGUAUUCAAACUAACGUAGCAUAUCAACUGCCACUAACAUGCAUUUUUUAUAUUCAAGUCCUACACAACUGUACAUUAUUAUUAUUUGUAUUUUAUAAGGAUAGAUUCCAAAACUUUGAAUUAUGUCAAGGUUAUACAAUUCAUAAUUUAGAUUGCUGGUACUUUUUAGGUUUUUAUGAAGCAUCUAUCACUUAUUAUUUGGUUUCUGUAUGUGCACUGAAGUUGAUAUGUAUUAUUUGUGCAAUCUGAUUAAACCUUGGACUUUAGUCCUCUCCAGGCCUUAUUGCCCUAAGAGACAGCAUUGGUAGAGGAAGGCGCUGUGUAGUUUAAGUAAACUUCUGUGGUGAGGAGACUUGUACCUACCUGGAGGCUUCCUAUACAACUGAGAACCAGGAAAGUCAAUGUCUGCGGUAUCAUGGGGAGCUUCAAUGGAACUAACAAGGCUCCUCGCUGCAGAAGUUUAUUUCAAUUGUGCAAAGGGCUGGAAGGAUUUGCAUGCCCUCGAGAGACAGAGCUAAGUGCACAGCCUUGCGGCUCCAUUCUGUUCAUGUUGCCUCACUGGGCAGUCACACCCGAAGAGGACUUUCGUCGAUAAGAACUGUAAGAUGUCCCUUGAUAGCCUAAUCCCAGAAAAAUAUUGUCUGGUGCAUUGAUCAAUUUAGAUUAUUCUGAUGGACCACGGGGAAAUUAACUGCUAAAGUAGUUCCAUAGAACAAGGCUAAGUGCUACUCAGCUAAACUACAGUAACUUUUUUUAAAACCCUCAAUGUUUUCACGCUAAAGGCAUAUGUUGUUCUGUAUAAUUGUUGAAAUGUACAAAGCUGUGAAAUCCUGUUAACUCCUAAUAAAGUAUUUUUGUAUAUAUGAAAUAAAUUUAAUAUUGGAAAAAG